CCGGCAAACGCAACAGUUCGGCCCGCUUCUGCUAAUCUCGGUUUCCCCACAUCUCAGCCUCCUCUCAAUCAACUCUCAUCAUGUCGCCCGCCACACAGAUCAUGUACUUCAAGACCUCUGCUGCCUACCUGCAGAACCCCUCUCAGUUGGUUUCUGACCUUGCAAGCAAAGGUUCAGGUAAAAUUGAAGGGCUUCUUAAAGCAUACAUUGGUUUUGAGACUGAAGAUCCAAGCAAUGCAUUUUGGGUCAUGGAGUGGACUUCCAAGUCCGCACAUGAAACGUAUCAUCAGACUGAUGCUUUCAAGACUACACAAGUUGCUGCUCGACAAGUCUUUGCGAGCAAACCUACCCAUACAUUUGUUGGGUUCCCCAGCACCAAUGGGAUCUUUUCCGCUCCUGUCACGGAAUUUGUCACUUUCACUCUCAAGAAGGGUGUCACUAUGGACAAGCUUCAGCCCCUCGUCAAACAACUUCAGUCCAAGCUCCAAGGAACACCGAAGUUCUAUGGCUCGAGCUGGGCGCCCGUCAUGGAUAAGCCCAAUGUAGUUCACGGCGUAUUGGGAUGGGAGAGUGUGCAGGCACACUGGGAUGCUGUAAGCUCAGGUCCCCUCAAGGAGAUCAUCGAUGAAGUGAAGAAGAUCGCCGACAUCUGGCUUGUCCAUGCCAUAUUGGCGAAAUAUAACUUGUGAACUCGAUUAUCGAGCGCUCCGUACGAACC